UGUUCCUUCUGGUCGUCCGCGUUCUUGGUGGGCGCCGUCGCGCCGUUGGCGUGGCCGUUGCUGAUGCCAUUGGCAGCCUUUCUCUUGGUCGUGCCGUUGCUCGUAAUCGUUGUGGAAGCCAUGAUGGGAAAUCCGAAUGCGUACUGUCAACGUCGAGAAGAAACGAGUGAAGCCGCAAGACCAGCUUGACGGAAAAGACAAUCAACAAAAAAAGGUUGGCGCAGGGUCGGUAGUUGUGAACCCUUGAGGUUGCUCGCUUGGGUUCCUCCGUCCAAUUUCAACAGUUGGCGGUGGCGGACAGGGGCUCAGGUCCCUCAAUUGUGGGGUAUCUGAUCUGCUGGAGCCAACCAGGAGGGGCCAGUGGCCCAUGCUUCAAAGAUCUCCAAGAUCGAAAAAGGGGUUAUCGUUCCAGAAGCUCGCCUGUGCCUGUGAAAGUGGGCUGUCCAUCCGAACUGGGCGUUGAAAAGUGGUGUGUUGGACAGGAUUGUUUUUGUUUAUGAGAUGUUAACCAGAACUUCUUGUCCUUUUCGACAUUUCUUCCUUGACCAACACGGGCAGCCAACUAGAGAACCAACAAUCAUUGGGAUAGGCAGUUGGCAAGCCCAAGGGGCAGUGUCAACAAUGAAGACCGAUGGGUUGUAG